AGCUCCAUAGAAACAACUGUGUCAAUAGAGAACCCACUGUCUAACCAAGAUUUGUGUUCUGUUAGCUACGAUUUUUCGUCAAUCUGUCUUGGACCCUUUUUCGUUUUCCCCAAGCUAUCUCCUCUUUAGUGAAGAAUCUCUGAUGGUUUGCUACUAAGGGCCUUACUUUACCCAACGUACUUCUACAGGUUUGCGAACGAUACUUAACUCAUUGAAGCCUCUGUUUGACUGUACCUGCACGCCUAUGUUAUACGGUAUUGAGUGGUAUUUAACAUUAAAAGAUUUCUCACCUCUAACAUCCUUCGUUUUUGUGGUUCGUGGAUGAACCAAUGAUUAUCAACUAGAAAUAGAAGGACACGUGGACUACUCUUCUAUCUAAUACUUGUUUAAUCGCUAUUUGUGCUUGUUCUUUUUAAUACACUUUUCCCUCAGGAAAGGAACGACUUUGCCUCACUCAUUUAAGCAUUGUCAUAGACAUUUUAGCCCGAAAACCCCGUCCUGCGCUUAUGAAACCCUUUUAUGGUACCCUUUUUGGUUGUUUGCGACUUUUUUAUAUCUUAAAUUUUAUUGCGACCGAUGAACGAAACAAAUAGACCCAAGAAAAUCACGCCCGACAGCAAGGAAUUCGUGCUCUUGUCUGGAAUUGCCGGCGGUAUUGCUGGGUGCGUCGCAAAGACCUGCGUCGCACCUUUGGAUAGAGUCAAAAUCCUUUACCAGACGCAUCACUCCGGAUACAUCGCUGAUGCAAACUCGCGGUUCGGCGUUGUAAAAUCUCUUUGCAGAAUAUACAAGACUCACGGUGUAUGGGGCCUGUUUCAAGGCCAUACAGCAACCCUUUACCGGAUAUUCCCCUACGCUGGAAUCAAGUUUGUCGCUUAUGAGCAAGUGCGACGCUUCCUUAUUCCAACCCCAUCACAGGAAACAACAGUGCGGCGAUUCCUAACAGGCUCACUGGCCGGCGUCGCCUCCGUCCUAUUCACAUACCCUCUAGAGCUAAUUCGGGUCCGGCUGGCAUUCUUUACUGAGAGCGGCCGACGGCCGCGAUUCACGGACACCAUACGGUUGAUCUAUAAAGAAAAUGCGCGGCGAAAUAUACUGGCAGGAAAGUUUCAAAAUCUAUUAGGUGUAUUAAACUUCUACCAAGGAUUUGGAGUGACGUUACUUGGGAUGUUUCCUUAUGCUGGCAUGUCCUUCCUUGCAUACGACACAGCAAUCGACUUCCUCGCCAAGCCCUCCGUGGCCAGGUACUUGAACACGACAACCGUGGACUCGGGCGAACGGAGACUAAAGGCUUGGGCAGAGCUUGGAGCGGGUGCUGUCGCCGGGAUGUGUGGACAGACACUUUCGUAUCCAUUGGAAGUGAUUCGUCGAAAAAUGCAGGUGGCAGGUUCGUACCAGCAAAAUGGCUUAUUAACGCUCCGUAAAACCAUCAUGUCGAUCUUUCGACAGUCAGGCCUUCGCGGAUUUUACGUCGGCCUGACCAUAGGCUAUGCGAAGGUAAUUCCCAUGGUCAGCAUCAGCUUCUUCGUUUACAGUAGAAGUAAACGCUGGUUACGACUUGAAUGAAUGAUAGAAACAAAUAAUGUGAAUAAUAAAAUAAGUUCUCCGAGCAACGUAAACAAUUCAACA